UGUAGCGGCGGUAUGAAAAAUGGCCAUCGUCAGAUUCGUUGAACUAUCGGUGCCUUUUUUAUUAGACUGUCCCUUUUAUUAAUGAGGCAACAGGGUAAACAAUGCCAGUCGUAGCGGUGCAAGCUGAAACCGGAGCUAACGGGCGGUAGUCGGGCUGUUUCCGACCGUUAGAGCGGCUCUGUGUGCGGCAGAGGCAGAUGGGAUCCUCGGUGUAUUUGGGUAAAAGGCGGAAGACUGCGUAUCAACACACCGAACCAGAGAUGCUACACAGCUACAGCCGCUAACCAGCUAACCAGUUGUUGCAAGAUGUUGGUAAACGGGAGCCAAUUCACCAGAAAUUAAGGACAACAGAGGAAGAAUUUUGACCGAUGACAUCCUUCUUUAUGGAGCCACAACAGGACGGUUUGAACUGAGACGCCUUAAAUACUCAGCUAGACGCAGCACUUACUGGUUCUCAGGAUGGCAAGCAGGAGGAAAUCCACCACCCCCUGCAUGGUUCCUCCUCUGGAAACCGUCGACUCAGAUCAGGAGAUGGAGGACAUCGCUGACGCGGCAGAACCAGAGGACAGUAACGGCGUGGCGACCGUCUCCUCUGAGGUUUGCGACCUGUCGGAGGAGCGAGGGGAGGAGGCCGGUGUCAGGCAGGUGUCAGACCACUACCUGGACCUGAACAUGGCAGAGGGAGGAUACGAGUGCAAAUACUGCAGCUUCCAGACGUCAGAGCUCAACCUGUUCACCAUGCACGUGGACACGGAGCAUCCAGACGUCGUCCUCAACACGUCCUACGUCUGCAUGGAAUGUGACUACCACACAAAGAGUUACGACACGCUGCUGGCCCACAACGCCCGCCUCCACCCGGGAGAGGACAACUUCACACGGACGAUGGUGAAGCGAAACAACGAGACCAUCUUCCAACAGACGGUCAACGACCUCACCUUCGACGGCAGUUUCGUCAAAGUGGAGGACGACGAGGCGGAGGACACGUCCCGCAAGGGCAUUGCCCUCAGCAAGACGCCCAUCAUGAGGAUAAAGAGCAGACCGGAUCCCAAGAAGUUUGCUGCCACGCACAAAAUGGCCCUUGAUGACGUCAUUAAAGUGGAAAGCGAUGACGAGGACGACGAGAACAAGGAGCCGCCCACUCUGUCUCCCGCCCCGAUGACCCCAGCCGCCGUUGCCCCUCGCCUCAUCCCCGUCUCCACGCCGGUGCAGGUCCAGGCUGUCCCGCAGAGCAUUGUGGUCAACAGCCCCAACGUGCUGCAGAUUAAGGGCGGCUCCGGUGGCAGCGCUGUGCUGCCUCCAGGGACGCUGGCUCAGGUUCUGUCGGCCCUGCAGAACCAGCAGAACAGCUCUCAGACUCAGACUCAGCUUCUCAUCCCCAUCAGCAGCAUCCCCACCUACAACACAGCCAUGGACAACAACGUCCUGCUGGUCAGCGCCUACAACAGGUUCCCGUAUCCCUCCGUGUCCGAGAUCAUGGGCUUGUCCUCACAGACCAAGUUCAGCGAGGAGCAGAUUAAGGUCUGGUUUUCUGCUCAGAGGCUCAAACACGGAGUCAGCUGGACGCCGGAGGAGGUGGAGGAGGCGAGGAGGAAGAAGUUCAAUGGCACAGUGCAGACCGUCCCCCAGACCAUCACCGUCAUCCCCGCCAACAUUGCCGCAGCCACCAACGGCCUGCAGUCCAUCUUCCAGACGUGUCAGAUCGUCGGACAGCCGGGCCUCGUCCUUACUCAGGUGGCCAGUAAUGGCAGCACCGUGCCGGUCGCCUCACCCAUCACCCUGACAGUCGCGGGUGUCCCCGGCAACCAGCCUAAAGCUGCAGAACCAUCGACGUCAGAAUCGAAGACCGAGAUGUCGGCUUCCUCAGCCGGCAUGGCGCUCAGUUUGGACACAGCAGCAGCAAAACCGAAGAAGUCGAAGGAGCAGCUGGCGGAGCUGAAGGCCAGCUACAGCAGGAGGCAGUUCGCCACCGAGGCGGAGAUAUCUCGGCUCAUGCAGGUCACCAAACUCUCCAAACGAGCAAUAAAGAAGUGGUUCAGUGACACACGUUAUAACCAGAGGAACUCAAAGGAUCACCACGGCGUCCCGCUGAGCGAAAGCUCGUCCAGCAGAGCGGCGGUGUCAGGGGGCGGCAGAGUGGGAAGGAACAGCAGCGGAACCCUUAAUGAGAGCAAUGACAACACUACCACCAUCGUCAUUGACUCCAGCGACGACGCCAGCGACUCCUCUCCGACUUCUGCCAACGUCCCGGGGUCGUCUGGUUCAACCAGUGACCCCCGGGUCAAAUUUCGCCACGCCUUUCCCGACUUUACGCCGCAGAAGUUCAAGGAAAAGACACCAGAGCAGCUGCUCAUCCUGGAGGCCAGCUUUCAGAAAUCAGACACGCCUUCGGACGAGGAACUGAGCCGGCUGCGAGCAGAGACGAAGCUGACGAGACGCGAGGUGGACGCUUGGUUCACCGAGAGGCGGAAAAUGCCUUCAGCAGCACAGUUGAAAGAUGGAGACGUCGAAGGGGAUGCUGAGAAGGUGAAGGGAGCUGCUGGGCCUUCAUCUUCGGCCCAGGAGAGGCAGACGACUCCUCCCGUUGGCAGGAAGACGAUGAAGAAGACACCGCAGCAGCUUCACAUCCUGAAGAAGGCGUUCGUCCGCACCCAGUGGCCCACGCCUGAGGAGUACGAUCAGAUGGCAGAGGAGAGCGGCCUGCCAAGGACGUACAUUGUCAACUGGUUUGGAGACACACGCUACGCCUGCAAGAACAGCAACCUGAAGUGGUAUUACCUCUAUCAGAGUGGGAAGGUGGACGAGGCGCUGAACGGUGGAGCCAAGAGCCAAAAGAAGUCCAGGAAGCGUUUCCGGGGUUGGUCCAGGAGGACGCGUCAGCCGUAUCCCUGCAAACGUUCCCCACAGGGGGGCGCCACUGCCAUCAAGGUUAAGUCCGGAAAGGCGUUUCUGAAGGACUACUACCUCAGAUACCGAGGCCUGAGCGAGAAAGAUCUGGAUGAUCUGGUGACAAAGUCCAGCAUGAGCUACGAGCAGGUGAGGGACUGGUUCUCUGAGACCGCGAGGAGGGUGGAAGAGGGCAAGGAGCCCUUCAGCGACGAGGAGGUGGAGGGAGAGGACGGGGAGGGGGAGGACGAGGACGAGGAGGAGGAAGAGGAGGCGACAGCAGAGCACGGAGACAGCGAGGGAGAGAUGGAGGUGAAAGAACAAGGAGAAGAGGCCUCAGACGACGACUGCCACGAGGAGGUGGAGGACAGGGAAGAGGACACAGAGGAGGUGGUGGACGAUGAGACGAUCCAGGAGGAAUCUGAAGGUGUCAGCCAAUCACAGCCUCAGGCAGAGGAGCAGACAUGAGCAGACAGACUUAGCGUUGCUUCCCCCACUGUAGAGACGACACAGAGGACGAUACGCGUCAGUGUUUCUCAGCUGGCGGGUCGGGACCCAAAGACGGCCGCAGGAAGCUCGCACAGAGUCACGGCUCAGAUGGGUCAUGCGAUACUAAAAUGACGGGUUUGUGCCUUCGAUAUGAACUUUGGGUCCUGAUGGAGCUGAGAAGCACUGAGAUGAUGGAGCUGAAUUAAAGGACAAAGCGUCAGGAUUUAGUUUGUUUUGGCUGAUGAACUGUGGGGACCAACUCAACGUUGAAGACAACGCCUCUCACCAAACAGCAGCACCACGAGAGUAAGUUCCAGCUCUGCCUCUGUACAAUUAACAAGGUUUUUAUUUUGGUGAGAAUGACAGACCUUUGGUCUUUUAUGUCAUUUUUCUUACAAAAAAAAGAAACAUCAACAUUUUAAAGGUAAACUUUGUAUAAAGGAAAAAAUCCAAAACAUUUCUAAGAGGUGAGACCUCGCAUGGUUUUCUCGUUAUUAAAAAGCUUUUUUUCAGAAUAACAGAGGAACCAUCAGACCUUUUUCUCAAGGGAACAACCUCGCCCCAAACCCAACUAUGAAAAUAUUUUUGCUCUUCGAAAAGAAAAGGUUUUUAAAACCACAUUGUUUUUUUGUGAAUAGACAACUCAGAUUAGUGCCAUUCUGUUUAUAAAGGUUUGUUUUAAAUCAAAAAAAUGAGUGCUGGAAUUAAUUCCACAUCAAUGUUUUAACUCUUUUGUAUUUUGUUUUUUCAAGUGAUUUGUUAAAGUCUGAUCGACAUAUAAAAUAAUGGAAACUGAAUCCAUUACACUAUUAUUAUGCUAUAAUGAGUUCUUUUGAAAAUGGUGAUCAUUUCCAUGUUUGCAGGUGUUUGGGUCCAUUCAGUUUCAAUAACAUCAAUUCAGUCUGAAUUUACCUCCGAACACACAUCACUGAAGGACGAGAGUGAAACAAGAGACGUGACAGGAAGACAGCAAACUCCUUAAAGGGAAAAUCCAUCUUAAAAAGGGUCAUUGAACAAUGGGUCCAUUUGAGUGGUGUUAAAAUGUCUAAUCAGAGUUAUUAUAGCUGACAGUGGACUUAAAUUAUCCCACAGUGCAACUAAAAUAUAACGGAGAAUGGCCAUUCACUGUCUGCCAUCAUAAAUCACAAAAAAUGUUAAAAACCUCUAAAUGAGCCAAAGUGAUUCUGGAUUUCUGAGGUUGAUAUCAAUAUUUAAGAUUCUUGAAAGUCCAGAUUAUGAUACGUUGGCCCAUAAUUUAUUUUUUUAACAUUUAAAACAAAUACCUGAAAUAUGUGAGGUGAAAUUUUACAGUGUCAACAGAAACGUUUCAGUGCUCUCUGCUGGAUAAACACUAGAGUACAUCUUCUAACAUGAUCAUGAGUUUGAAUCAGCAGCUCACUGACAAAGAAAACUGAGCAUUAAAAGCUUUUUUACUGUUGUAUUACACUGCGUUAGUCUGAGCUGUGUGUCCAUCUUACCACAUUUUGGUGAAAGCAGAAAGUUCAAAGGUCAUCUGAGGCAUGUUGAAAGGCAUUGUGGGAAACGUAAGGAAUCUGGUGGAAGCAGAACAGGCAGUUGGAGAGAUGGGGUUCACCAAAACUACAGGAAACACAACAGAACACAAAUCAUGAACUAGAACCUUCAGCUAUUACAAAAUACAAAAGAAAAUCGAUGAUCUUUUAAAAGGUGGAUUUUUCCUUUAACGUCCAGCUCUACGUCAGAAGGCUCUGUUUAGAAAAAAACAUGGAUCCUUCUGUUUCAAUGGUGUGGGUGGUUACACAUUCAAUCAAGUCGUCUGUUCUGAUCCCAGAUCAUUUCUGCUAUAGUUCAGUCUUUUUAAACAAGCAGAUUUGUCGAGUUGAUCGACUUGAAAGGAAUUUGAACCCAAAUAUUCUCUGUGUUCUCGUCCAAAAGAAAAAAAAGGCAUGUUUGCUCUACUUCAGGAAACAGGCAACUUUACCUCAGUCAGUUAAGCUACAAACUUGGUAAGAUUGUGACAUUUACACUUUACGACAGUUUUCUUUUCUAUAGAACUCAAUACUGAAUGCAUGAAAAUACAAGUACACAGUAAUAAUUAUGUCUUUCAGAUGGCGUUUCUUUAUUUGUCCUCACCAAAGUAAGUGAAUCACUUUAAAGAGAAAAAAAAGAAGACAUAGUUAUUAGUGCAUUUAUUUGCUCCAAUACGGGUGAACUAGUUAACAAUAUCUUUCAGGUUUUCCAUGAGAAUUACAGACGAUAUUUUAGGGACAAGAAACCACAAGCACUUGGCUCAGUUCCCAUGGGAACUUUUUAACUUUUCAUAUGUAGGGGAACAAGAAGAAAUAAGCUUUUACUUUGCUUUUCUCUGCUCUCUCUUCCUGUGUUUACUGAACCGUGUAGGACUCUAUUAGGAUAUGCAAACGUCACAGAACAAUCAGCGGGUAGAGUGGUGAACUGUAAAAUCAGCGUCUCUUUGAUUUUGGUUUUUUAAUGAUUUCAUCAGCGACAUGGGAUCCUUAAACAAGCUCUGUAAUUUUGCAAAGUUAAGCCUUUCUGCCAUUCUUUAAAUUGCUUUACUAGCCAACAGUUUUUAGUAGUUAAUUUAUUUAUUAUAUCUGGACUUAAUGGAUAUCUUUUUUUGUCUGCAAGCAAAAAAAUAAAAAUGAAAAAACAGCUUUCAUUGAGCUGUUGUUUUUUUUUAUCUUUGUUAAAGACAUUAAACAUCUGUGGAAAUUAAUUAACUUUUGAGGUAUUUGUUCUUAUUGAAUAUUUACAUUUUAUGCUACUUUGUACCUAAACUGCAUGAAACAUUGACUGAUCAACAAAACAUCAGUCACCAGCUAUUUAGACAAUCAGAAUAAUC